CUUAGUUUUUGUCUCUGUGUUCCCUCAGUGCGCUCUCCAGUGCCAGCAGCCUCGCAGCAGCUCAGCCAAUCAGAGCAGGAGCUUGCAGAGGUGAUAGGUCUCCAGCGUACUGCAGAGGAAAGGACCAGAGAACUAACAGAGCAGCUGGAGAAUGCAAAUGCUAGGGUUGAGCAGUACAGGGCCGUGGUGCUGACUCUGGAGGACAGUCUGAAGAAAGAAAAGGAGUUUCGCUCCCCUCUGGAGCUCCGGCUGAAGGAGUCUGACGAGGUUCAGAAGCAGCUGGAGAAAACCAUCUUAGAGGCUGAGAAGAUGAAGCAGCAGGAGAGAGAAGAGAGGAGAAAGGCUGUAGAUGCUGUGGAAAAACAACUGCGUGAGGUGCAGCGCUGCCUGAAGUCCAGCCAGACGGAGCAGCAGGAGGCGCUGGAGAGAGCUGCUGCUGCUGUCACUCAGGAGCAGAGAGCCAUACAGGAGAGCCUGCUGCAG